UGAAGAUAUUUUGUAAAUUUCCUUACUGUAAAUAUAUAAAAAAUGUAUUUUUGUGAGUGGAUAUGCAUUGGUAAGAACUUCAUUUGGACAACUUUAAAGGCGAUUUUCUCAAUAUUUCUUUUCUUUUUUCUUUUUUUUUUUUUUUUUGCACCCUCAGAUUCCAGAUUUUCAAGUAGUUGUAUCUCGGCCAAAUAUUGUCCUAUACUAACAACAAUCCAUGGAAAGCUUAUUUAUUCAGCUUUCAGAUGAUGUAUAAAUCUCAAUUUCAAAAAAUUGACCUUUAUGACUGGUUUUGUGGUCCAGGGUCACAUUUAUUUGUUCUUUUCAGCAAUUCAGUGCAAUUUUUGUUGAAGAGUAAAUAAUUAAUCUCAAGACAUUUCAGUACAUCUUUUACAUAUUUCCCUAAUGACAAAUCACUUAGUAUAAAGCCAAGCAACAUCUUGUCUUUUCCAGUUGGGAACACCCUGCUCUUCAUCUGUGGAUCUGUUUAUUUGCCUUCUUCUGAGCUAUGAUAUUCAUUGACUGUGACUAUGAUUUGAGACCACCCAUUUCGUGAUGGAUAACAUGUCUUAUGCUGUGAAACUGACUCUUAUGGUGCCCAGAGACUCAAAAUCAUAUAGGCACUUAUAUUUCACUUGUUUUCUUUACCUCUAUCUGCUUAUUUUGUCAAUGAAUAUUUGUCUUGUCAUUGUAAUUAUAAUAGAGAAAUCUCUACAUGAACCGAUGUACAUAUUCUUAAGUCAUCUGUGUAUAAAUGGGGUUUAUGGAGCCUCAGGAUUCUACCCUAAAUUUCUGUCUGAUUUAAUAUUGGAUUCAUAUGUGAUCUCCUCUCACAUGUGUGCUCUGCAGACCUUUGUUAUUUACAGCUCUUUACUGUGUGAAUUUACAAUAUUAACAGUGAUGUCUUAUGAUAGAUAUGUAGCCAUAUGCAAACCUUUAGACUAUCAUUCCAAAUUAACUAAAUUCACCUGUUUGAAAUUAAUUCUGUUUUCAUGGAUUGUACCCAACUGCGUCACAGUUACAGCAGUCCUGUUAUCAAACUUGAGGCCAUUUUGUAAAAAUCACAUUGAUAAAUUAUAUUGUGACAACUGGUCAAUUGUCAAACUGUCAUGUGAAUCAUCUUUUAUUAAUAAUAUCUAUGGAUAUGUCAUUGGUGUCAUAUGUUGUAUUUGUGCAGUUAUUGUCAUUGUAUCCUACAUUAAACUGAUCUCUGCAUGUAAAGCAUCUUUAGAAAACAGAAGGAAAUUCUGGCAAACAUGUCUGCCACACAUAUUAUCACUGAUAAAUUUCACACUUGCUAUGAUGUUUGAUUUCCUGUAUAACAGAUAUGGUUCAAAUGACAUUCCAGAAAGUCUGCGUCAUUUUUUGGCUUUAGAAUUAGUUAUAGUCCCACCUGUUCUUAAUCCUGUAAUCUAUGGGUUAAAUAUUAGAGCAGUGCGCAAAAGAGUUUUUAUUUCACGUCUUGCAGCAAGAGAAAAUGUUUCACGUGCACCAAAAAGACGUAAAAUGUAA